GACUGAGGAGGAGGUGGGGCCCUAAUAUUUUACACAAUACCUGUCCACAAAGGGCUUUUGGGUGCCUAGAACUUACCUUGGAGAAGGUCCCUACCUGCUAGUACGCCGGCUGAGGGGCAUUUCUCACAGAGCGGAUGUCCACACAGUUCCAGAUCUUGGGAGACAGCCUGUGAGGCUUAGGUGCCAGGGGGUGCCUUAGGGAGGCUCUCCAAGUCAGCGCUUGCUGAGGCGAUUUCUUCUCGGCAGACAGGGGUCAGGGACCUUGGUGGAUGGGCGCGGGGUCACCAGUGGAAUAAUUCUCAACUGGAGGUCAGGGCAUGAAAAUCACUUGAAGACAUUUGCACGCUGCACAGUUUCCCUUGUCCAAGUGUCCCUCACCUGUGGAGAUUAACACUCUGAUGCCACAGAAAGCCUCAGUCCCACUUGCCCAUUCUCCUCCUCCAUUCACUCCUUUCCUUUGCCUCAACAGCAUUCCAGUGCUGGGAACGGAUGUGACCAUGAACCCCGGUGCCUCCUUGUCUACUUUCACGGCAGUGCCCUUCCCUCCACCCAUUCCUGGCGCCCAGCACCAGCCACCCUGGCAGCAGCACCUGCCAUGUCCCAUCACCCCAGCAUUCCCUCCUGGCAGCAGCCUGCUGCUGCCAGCUUUCCCCAGGACGCCUAUGGUGGCUAAUGGUGGCCGUGGCCCCAGUGCCCCUGGGGCUUGCAACCUCACUGUCCAAGUCAGGUCACAAGGGAGGACAGUGGAGGCCCCCCAGACUCAGACCUUUGUCGUUACUCAGGCCCCCCUCAACUGGAGCGCUCCAGGGGCCCUCAGCAGGAGUGCUGCAUGUCCUGCACCCGUAUUCAUAGCAACCCCUGUGAUGGGGACCGUUGUGACUGCUUCAGCUGUUGGAGUUAGUCAGGCUGGCAAGGGAGGCUGGACCCCAGGCUUUCUUCCUCAAGCUCCACCACCAGCUGCCCAGCCGGCCCCUAUCAUUCGCCCCGUGAACUCUGGGCCAUGGCCACAUGGCACUUCCAGGGAGGGCCGCCUGGCCACCAACCAGUCCAACGCCUCGCAGGAUGGCUCCUCUAACACCAAGAGCGAGUACAGUAACUUCCUACGUUGGCAGCACGUCAAGCCCCUGGCCCGGAGACACUUUUGCCUGAGUCCUGAUGCAGAAGCUUUUUCCUGCUUUCUCAUCCCAGUGCUUCGAUCCCUGGCCCACCUGAAUCCCACCAUGCCGCUGGAGGAGGGACUGCGGAGGGCCGUGCAGGAAUGGCGGCGCAGGAGCAACCUUGACCGGAUGAUCUACUACGAGACGGCGCAAAAGUUCAUGGAAUUUGCGGCCGAGGAGGAGAUGCACAUUCAGAAUUUGCAGUGGAUGCAGGACCUGCCUCCUCCAGCCCCACCGAAGCUGGAUCCUCGGGGGCCCCCAGCCCCGAAAGUGGGCCUUCAGCCAGGCACCCAGGUUCCCACUGGAGCUGAAGGCACAGCCUGUGCUCCCAGGAUGUCCGGCCGCAGGGCCCAGCCCUCGCACCCGAAGCCACACAGAUCCCAGGGGAACCCGGAGCCCAAGGCGCCCAAGGAGAUUCCCCCUGAGGCUGUGAGGGAGGAUGUGGACAGGAUGGAGGCGCUGGUGGGGCCCGUCCACUCAGCCCCAGGCAAGUCACAUGAAGAAUGUGGAAAGGACGGAAAUGAGCUGAAGCAGGAAGACGACGACACCUACUUGGACCCGUGUCUCUUGAGCUACACUGACGAGCUGCGUUCCCGGGAACACUCUGUCACCAAGGUGGAGGCAGUCAUUCAUCCUCGAGUCCCGGCAGAAUUGUCUUCCCCAGACCCACAGCUGGAUCUCUCGGCCCUUGCUGAGGAGCUGAAGCAGGAGGAAGGACUCACCCCUGAAGAAGGCCAUUGUCCCACUGCCCAGUGCUCCUCCUCUCACACGUGCGCGUGGAGCCGUCACUGUCCUCCUCCCUCCUACCAGCUGGUGCCGAAACGAGUCCUGGCCUUGAAAGAGGACGAGGGUGGGCCGGCAGCCCCGAGCCACAGUGCACCCGGAAUGGGCUCAAGUCCAUCUGAGUCCCACGCCGGCCAAGCUGCCCAGAGGCACGACCAAGACCGCCAUCGAGGGGUCAGUGAUGAAGCCUGCCCACCAGAGAUUGAUUUUGAGGCUCUUCAUAGGCCCAACCGAGCAGACACUGGCCCGUUCGGGCCCAAACUCUUUGUUCCCUCUCGAGGACGUCAGGAGGUCUCUCCAUCCCGGGCCGGGCGGCCCUCCUCUCCCCAGGGUCAAAGGCGCACUGGCCCUCGACUGGGACCCAGGGAUGCGUCUCUUCUCAGAGAGGCGUCUCCUGUUCGGGGGGCCCGAGGGCCCAGGGAUGCGGCCAGUGAGGACGAGGAGGCGUUCCCCAGCCUGGCCUCCCUCUUGGCCUCUCUGCCCAGCCUGCCGCCUUGCCGGCUGUCCCAGAGUCCUGCCCCUGCUUCAGGCCUGGCCUCCCCUGGAGGUUGGGGGGCCCAGAGUGCUCCCCAGGCCCCCUCCCCUCAGAGAAGGGGCCUCAGCCCAGCUCCACCAGCCGCUCCCAAGUCGAGGAAGCGGGCUCUGGGUGGGCGCCCAGCCGCUGCUGAGAAGCUGCCCAUCCCCGGGGCUGCCCACGGGGUCUCUGCGAGGCCAGCCUUGGCUCUGGGGCUGGCUCGCCCCUCACAGCCGGGAAAGAGAAAGCGUGACCCGUUUGUCAUAGGGAAGAGGAGGAACAGGAAGAGGAAGCGCUGCAGCCAGUAGGGAACAGCCGGGCCGGCCCUCCAGGGCGAGCCCCCCAGGGCGGCCCCCAGGGGAGCCUAGGGGCUCCUCCUCACCCCAGAGCUGAUCCUGGGAUUGUGGGGGGUUAGGGAGGUGGGGGAGGUGGGUGUGGGCAGGACCUUUGGAGUGAUGUAUGAAAAUUGUGAAUAAAGAUAGUUUUGGUGGGAAAUGCUCUCAGGCCACUGUUAUCUUGUUCGUGUGGAGCUGCUCCACAGAGAGCGAUCCUGAGAGGAAGGAAGGGUGAGGGAGGUCACAGGAGCUAUGGAUCUACAGGUGGCCAAACCUUUCCUCCACAUAGACAAGGACUCCUCAGGCUGCCCCUGGGAACGCACAGCUCUCACUUUCCCCAGGGACCCCCUCAUCAUCCCCUUCUCUAAAGCCUGCUUGGCUAGGGGCCUUCUGGGGCAUCUGUAGCAUCUUCUGCAUCCCUGAACCGUCUGGGGAGGGAGAGCUGCUUUUGUGCCUCUCAGCCCUCUGGACACUAACCAGUUUCUAGGACGGAGCCUGGAGACAGCCCUUGUCUUUAUGGAGCUUCUCUCUGCUUCCCUGAAGUGGCCAGACGAUGGCGCUGGGGUGACCCUCCGCUCAUCCAGGGUUUCCUGUGUGGGUGGCCUGACCAGAGAGGAAAAGUCUUGGCCAUGGGGACAGGACUGUCUGCCUGGUCGUAGCGGGAGCGUUCUCUAGUCCCACUGGGAUUACUGCAAUGUGGAGCGUGGUUGAGGCAGCUACCUCUUAAUCCCAAUGAGGAUGCAAUAAGGGGAAUGGGCAGAGGGAAAUUCAUGGGGCACCUCUUACAGGUGUGUAUAAGGGUAGUGACAGUGGGGCCCCUUGGUGGGACUUGUGGGAUUUCUGUGCAGCAGCAUCUCUUUCAACUGAGGGAGGAGGACCCAUCUGGCUGUGGCUGUGGGGACUGGCCUUAGGGGCCUAGGGGUGUGCAAAGACACCCCAGAACUACUGUCCCUUCCCUUUCCACCCAUGGCUGGUCAUGUGUGUGUAUUGGUAUCAACACUGAUUUGUAUUGCCAUAGAAAACAGUUCCUCCUGACAAACUAUGACCGUGUUUCACAAGAACAGCUUGCUCACAGGGGCAGCAGGGGUGGGGGAGAGGUGUCUGUGGCCCCAGAUCUGGGUGGGAGCUGGGAUCCAUGCUGAGGAGUGUAGAGGCCUCAGUCACCGUCCUGUGCUUGCCGGCAGAGACUUUGAAUCAUCAGAGCUGGGGAAAUGACCCGCUCCUAAGGGUGAGACGAGCAAACAAUGAGGGGCAGGGAGCAGACCCCUGCUGUCUCCCUGAACUGCCCCCCCUCGCAGCCUGCUUAGCCCCCGUCACGGCCUGUGCUGGCCCACCUCUGAAGCCCCUUCCUCCUAAUGCACUCAGAUGCUCUGAUCCUUUGUGGACCCGCCCUGGGCCUCACC